GCAUCACGGACACCGGCGGACAGGUUUGCUCACUCAUUUCGUGUCAAUCUCAGUUUGUUUUUUAAAAAUAUUAACAUCCGCAUGUACUCAGUUUUUUAUCGUAAAACCGAAUAUUUGAGUAACGUUCGCGUUAAAAGCUGCCUCACGUUAGUUUUGAUUUGAAUUCAUGUGAGUUUUUUUGCAGCCUGAGCGUCGGUUGAGGGUUAACAAUAGCUUUCACCCCUUUGCUGCUAUUGAAAACAUUUUAUUUUAUUUUAAAAGACGCCGACUAGCACUUUAACAUUAAUCAAAAAUGAGUGCUGGUAUUGCAAAGCCGGCGAACCCGUCGGCCCAUGUCGACCCAAAAUCAGCUCCCUUAAAGGAGAUCCCAGAUGUGCUGGUUGACCCCCGCACCAUGAGGAAAUUCACCAGGGGAAGGUUCCUCGGGAAAGGGGGUUUCGCCAAGUGCUACGAGAUCACAGACAUGGAGACCAAGCAGGUUUUCGCCGGAAAAAUCGUGCCCAAGUCCCUGAUCCUGAAGCAGCACCAGAGGGAGAAGAUGACCUCCGAAAUCGCCAUUCACAAGAGUCUAAACCACCCAAAUGUGGUGGGCUUUCAGGGGUUUUUCGAGGAUGAUGACUUUGUCUUUGUGGUCCUGGAGAUCUGCAGGAGAAGGUCCUUGCUGGAGCUUCACAAGCGUCGUAAAGCUGUGACAGAGCCCGAGGCUCGCUAUUACAUGAUGCAGCUGCUGAAGGGUAUUGACUACUUGCACAAAAACAGAGUCAUCCACAGAGAUCUGAAACUGGGCAACAUCUUCCUCAAUGAUGACAUGGACGUCAAGAUAGGGGACUUUGGUUUGGCUACUAAGAUCGAGUUUGAUGGCGAGAGGAAGAAGACCUUGUGUGGAACACCCAACUACAUUGCACCUGAAGUGCUGUGCAAGAAAGGCCACAGCUAUGAGGUGGACGUCUGGUCCCUCGGUUGUAUAUUGUACACUUUGUUGGUGGGUAAGCCCCCAUUUGAGACUUCCUGUCUGAAGGAGACCUACAACCGCAUCAAGAAAAACAACUACACCAUCCCCUGGCACAUCAACCCAGCAGCGUCCUCUCUCAUCAAGCGGAUGUUACACGCUGAUCCCACUCAGAGGCCCACCAUCGCCGACCUGCACGUGGACGAGUUCUUCACAACCGGCUACAUCCCCUUACGUCUGCCCACUACCUGCCUCACAGUGCCUCCACGGUUCUCCAUUGCCCCCUCCACAGCUAUGGAGCUCAACCAGAGACGCCCACUGACCGCCAUUAACAACAAAGGAGGAACAGAGAAGGUAGACAUGAAGGACGAGCCUGGACAAAGGGAGCCUGAGCCGGCAGAAAACCACCUCAAAGACAUGCUCCAGCAGCUCAACACCAUCAUUGCUGCCAAACCCUCCGAGAAGCCCAUCAUACGCCAAGAAGAGGCAGAAGAUCCUGCAUGUGUCCCCAUCUUCUGGAUCAGCAAAUGGGUAGACUACUCUGACAAAUAUGGAUUGGGCUACCAGCUCUGUGACAACAGCGUGGGCGUGUUGUUCAACGACUACACGCGUAUGAUCAUGUACGCUGACGGAGACAGUCUGCAGUACAUCGACAAGAUAGGAGCUGAAUCUUACCUCAGCGUGCGCUCUUACCCCACAACACUCAACAAGAAGAUUACUUUGCUGAAAUACUUCCGCAACUACAUGAGCGAGCACCUGCUGAAGGCCGGCGCCAACAUGGCAAGGCGGGACGGAGACGAGCUGGCGCGGCUGCCUUACCUCUCCCUCUGGUUCAGGACCAAGAGCGCCAUCGUCCUGCACCUCACAAACGGCACUGUUCAAAUCAACUUCUUCCAGGACCACACCAAGCUGAUCCUGUGCCCGCUGAUGUCCGCGGUGACCUACAUCGACGAGAAGCGAGAGUUCCGCACGUACAAGCUGUCUCUGCUGGAGGAGUUCGGCUGCAGUAAGGAGCUGGCCAGCCGCAUUCGCUACGCCAAGCUCAUGGUGGAGAAGCUGAUGGAAAGCAAGCCCUUCCCCGCCGCACAGUAGACCACCUUUCACCCCUCACCACUCUGUCUUUUAAUCACCGGCCACUCCUUGUCUACCAGCCUCUAACAGGACAGAACCCCGACCCUUUAGAUUUUCCCCGGGUUUUAUUGAAGGGUCAUCUUAGAGGCUUUGACAUGUGCUAUGAAAAUUUAUCUUCUAUACAUAUAUAUAUAUUUUGUACUUGAAUGUUCAAUUUCAGUUUCUCUCAGCGCCGUGUUUCAGCCACUUCUAAAAA